AUGGAGUGCGAGACAGACAGACUUGGAGGCUACGAUGCUUACGUCUUCUACUUUUCUGCUUCUUGCAGUUCAUCAUUUGGCUAUGUUUGCCAUCGCCUGGGACUGUUGCAACAUGCGAGAUCCAAAGAGCGAUUUCGCAUGCAGGAGUUUCAACGCUCCAUUGGCUAUGGCUGCAAGACAUAUGACUACACGCUGCAAAGGCGAUUUGGGACUUUCCCAUAUGUGCCCUUGGUCCUGCUAUCGCUCCCGGGACCCUGCCACUGCGGCAGCUGCCGCGGCCCGGCGCCGUCCAACGCUGCAGUGCGGCUGGCGCAACGCGUGGCGUGUCCAUUGCUGGAGGGGAUGGACUUGAGGACGGCCUUGCGGCACUUGGUGGCUGAGAUCCAUCGCAUCGACGCUUCGUCCAAGUUGGCUCCGGUGCGCGUGCCGCGGGACGCGGCGCUGGACCCAACGUUGCACCUUGGGUGA